AUGCCCCCGAAUCCAGGUUACGGUGACUGUUUUGAUGAACCGAAGACAAUGUUUUAUUUUGAUUCUAUGGACAUGAAGUGAGUUAGAUUAUUCCAAUUCCGCAACCGUUUCAUUUCAGAUGCAAAAAGUUCAAAGUGAUAAACUGUCAUGGCAAAAACCAGAACCAAUUCGACACCUACGAACUGUGCACCAGGUUCUGUCAAUCCACUGCCUGUCUCGCCGGUCAAUCUCUCCUCCUCGCUCGUGAUAGUUCUCCCGUGAACUGUCGGAUAGCCGGAUGUCCUCCCGGAUACCGAUGCGUCUACGACAAACUCUUCAACCGACACGUCUGCUGUGGUCAUUCUCCCACGGGUGAGCAAAUCUUCCUGCUUCCUCAUUCUCCUCGUCUUUCAGGUGUUUGUCCAAUCGGAGCCGUGUCUUUCUCCCACGUUCGCUUGAAUCAGCCUCUGAGAUGCACUCCGUCUGCGUAUCGGGAUGCGUGUCCGGCUGAUUACGUGUGCACAACUCAGGGACUUCACAGUUUCUGCUGCUCACCUCAUGAGGGUAACAACAUUUCCAAAACUGAUUUCAAUAACAAGAAAAGUUUUUUCAGCUGUAUGCCCGGCAGGUCAGCAGCCAUACGUGCACGUUGUUUCAAAGAACAGCAUGAAGUGCAAUCCAUUGGAGACUUCCUCGUGUCCCGAGACUUACUACUGCUCUCCAGCGGUUCCGGGUGCACACUGGGGAUUCUGUUGCAGUGUACAUAUCGAGGCUUCGUGUCCGGCUGAAACUGAGCCAUACUUGGAAUCUAUUAGUAAAUCACCUGUUAGGUGUACUGUGGGUGUCACCCAGUGCAAGUGAGCAGCAAUAUUUAAUUCAAUUGUGUACUAUCAUAUUUACAGUGUCGGUUACUCGUGUCAAAGCUCCCAACCGGGUUCAUUAAUCGGAUUCUGUUGCACUAUCCCUAAACUGAGCUAUCAGCCUCCAAUGCGCUCUACAGACACUCCGGAGUUCCCUACAACUUCAAGUGAAAUGUACUUUAUUCACAACGAAGGACUCAUAGGACCGUCAGCAAAAACACGUGCGUCAUAAAUUGUGCUUUCAUCAAUGUCACCUUUGACCAAACUGAGCCGAAACGUUUAGGUCAUCAAAAACCUGCAAAGAAGUAUCAAAAAGUGACAAAGUCAACAUCCACGUAUGGCGUUGUCUCGAAUUACAAACCGGCGACGUGCCCUCCUAAAACUACUUCGGUUUUUUAUGCGAACACUCAAAUUAAUGUCGAGUGUACUCCGUCCGAGGGAUAUAACUUUGAAUGUCCAGGUGAGAAUAACGUCGGAAAAAUUAUGCUCACAGAAAUAUGAUUCCAGAAAAUUCGUCUUGUAUCAAUGCGCACUUAGAUUUGGCGGGACGGAUGGUUUGUUGUCAGAUGCCAAAAACGACACCGACUCCCAAAUUCAUAUAUUUUGUGACUUCGACGCCAAGAAUGAUGCGGUACAGAACAGCAGACAGCUUCUGUCCGUACGCAAUCCGUCAUUCUCAAUGUCAUCCAUCGGCUUCCACGUGUCCGAUGGGAUACUUCUGCCAAUAUCUGUUUGAAACAUCGUCAUUUUCUUGUUGUUCUUUGUACUAAAACACAUUUUUAAUGGAUAAUGUUUGAUUCGCACCCCGGAACCCUUUUCCCACACUCCCAGGUUCCUCUUGAUCUCUUGUUUGGGACAUGUCUAAUAAACGUUUGUUCGAACUUUCUCUAUUCUCAGUUUGUGCUUUGCAAGGAAAGGAGUCUUAAGUAAUUCCGCUUCCAAAUCCGGGCUUUCUAAUUGUUUCCAGUUCACUGAUUUUACAUGUUUUUGCGUAUGUAUGUGCAUGUGAGUUGUUAAUGAAAUUCGUAAAGAGGAUUAUCCAAUCUUACUGCCCAACCCACAAUGUCCAUUAAGAGCUGCUUCGAGUUUAAGCUUGUUCCACUCUUCUUAAAAGAUGAUUGAUAGGUUAUGGCAUCAAGAACCAAGAGCCACAGAGUGUUGCGAUCCAAUCACUUCAGCCACCCACCCACAGACUUUCUUUCUUUCUUUCACACGCAAAUCAACAAACUCUUCAAAAUUAAUUGUGACAGCUUGAAAGUCCACUCAAAAUCAAUAUAUCUACCGCCUCCCAACCGAUCCAUCACCGAUUCGCUGUGCUGCCCUCUCUUUGUCAGAUAUCUCUGAUUCUGCUAUCACACGUCAAAUUAAAGAGCGAGCUGCUCGGGCGCAGUGUGUUUUUGUUGUGAGACUGAGAGACGAAAAGGUGGUGCGGGUCCACAAUGAACAAUAGGUGCUGGCAGCAGCUCUUCUGCCUCCAGCACUCGAUUGAAAAUCGGCAGAAGUCCCCCACGGCGGAUCGAGGGGAGCCGCCGACUCCACAUUACAAUCAUCCCCCUUCCACUGGCCGUCAUUAUGCUUGCUGCUCUCUCAUUCACACUUUCCCAUCUGAAAAACUUUUUAAUUUUUUUUCUCCCGUGCACUUUUGUUUCUCUUUCUUCUUUCCAUUCAUUUGGACAAUUGAGCAACUCUAGCUGAGCCUUGGGAAGCCUGAGUCUGAGCACAUACUUCCUGUUUCCAAGAUUGCUCGGUCAACUCUCUGUCUCUUCACGUUUCUAAGUUCCAUUUUUCAUUUUUUCCAUCUGUCAGUCCGUUUCAAAAACGUUUUUCCUAGUUACAACGUGUGGCUCCUUCCUUCCUUCCUUCUCUUCUGACAUUUGUUGGCAAGAAAAGUGGCAAUGUUAUCUUAAGAGUGAUUAACUCUAUCAAUCUUUCUCCCUCGCUCCAGAUCUCCUUUACCCGCCACCUCCACCCGCCAAAGAGUCGAGCACACGCGCGCCGCUUACGAUGAAACCGACAAUACCAUGAAAUUUGCAUUUCUUCUCAGGAUUUUUGUAUAUGGUAGAUUAUUAUUUUGUUUGAAAGAAGAAAAGAGAAAAGUUGACAAGUGUUUCAGCUGGGCUAUGUUUCUACGUGACUCCGAAUCGGUAUGCCGAGCAAAUGUACGAAGAUCUCCUGUAUUAUUACAACAAAAAUGUUCGACCAGUCAAAAAUGCCAGCGAAAGUGUUAAAGUCAAGUUUGGCUCAUCUCUCAUCCGACUCAUUGAUGUUGUGAGUUUGAAAAUUGUUUUUCGUAAAAAACAGUGCCAGUAACACGAGGCGUUAAAAAUAGUAGUUUACACUACACAUCCAAUAUUUUAACGUCUCUCUUUGCUUUGAUCGGCUUUAGUUACCUACUUGAACACUUUUCUGCCCCCUAACACCUCACAUUUCAAAAAAAUAUAUAUAUCCUCAGCUCAUCUUACGCUUGGUGUCAGUGUCAGUCACGGCACACAACUAAUGAGCUCGUUGGGCUUUAUGGGUGGGCCCCGGGUCUUUAAGAACAACAAUAACUUUGUUUAGGAUGAGGUAAACCAAGUGCUGACGACAAAUCUCUGGCUGGAGAUGCAAUGGUUCGACUACCGAUUAAUGUGGGAUCCCGGGCGAUGGGGAAAGAUCCGAAAGUUGCAUGUGCCGGUGGAUCAGAUAUGGAUUCCUGAUAUCUUACUGUAUAACAAGUGAGACAGCUUCAAAACGAUUUUCUGAAAACGUGCUCUGAAAUGUUUCAGCGCUGACGGAGAGCCUCAUAUUACAAUCAUGAGCGAUGCAAUAGUAUAUUAUAAUGGAUUAGUGGUGAGUGUUUAUUUGUAAUUCGAUGGCUCCACUUUCUUUCUUGUCAAACUGACCCACUUCCGCUCUCCGAUCGAACAAAUGUCGCGCUCGAAAAUUUAUGUUGCAUCGCUGCUCGAUUGCAAUUGAGAGAUGAUGCUCUGCGCUGUAAAAACGUCUUGCUCGCGCUGAUUUCUUCAUCAAACGGAUCACCGCUUUUUGAUACAGGUCUGGAAGCCGCCGUCUAUUUAUAAAAGCUUCUGUUCAAUUGACAUCGAGUACUUUCCCUACGACACACAGACAUGUCGGAUGAAGUUUGGCGGUUGGACUUACAACGGAUUCCUGUUGGAUGUCAGGCAGCUUCCAGUGAGAAAGAGAUUCAAAAGAUUUCACGGUGUUUCUCAAAAAUGAUUUAUAGACAACUGGAUGCGAAGUUGUGAACAAGGCGGACGACGAAGGAGAGUUUCAGUUUCUGGGUAGAGGAAUGGAUUUGAGCGGAUACUAUCCGUACGCGAGUUAUUUGUUAUUAUGAUAAAAACGCUUUUUGAGAUUUCAGAAGUUUGGAAUGGGAUUUGAUGGAAUUGAGCUCUGCCAGGCACGAAAAGAUCUAUGCCGGCUGUUGUGGUCAAGACUUUUACAUUGACAUCACUUUCAUGAUUGAAAUUCGGCGGAAAACUUUAUUCUAUACCGUCAACCUGAUGAUUCCAUGCAUGAUGUUCGGUUCGUUCAGAAACAACUGUUUAAAAUUGGAAUAGAAUAUCAUUUUCAGCCAUCCUCACAUCGAUUGUAUUCUACGUUCCGCCGAUUGAGCACAAAAUGACAUUCUCGAUUUCCAUUCUGGUCACCCUCACUGUAUUCUACCUCAUUUUGAUUGAUCUCGUACCACCCACUUCACUUGUAAUUCCACUUAUUGGUAAGUUCCACAGAUUUGUUGAACACACUCACAGACUGGGUUAUGAUUUCAGGAAAGUACUUACUAUUCACAAUGUUCCUAGUCUCUAUUUCUAUUAUGUUAUCGGUUAUUUCCUUAAACUUCUAUCGACGGUAUACAUUCAUUUUUAUGAUAGAAACAAACUUUAUUUUAUUUCAGAGACGGUUCCUCGUUUCCCAUGCCGCAUUGGAUGAAAGUCGUUUUCAUUCAAACACUGCCCAGGUACAUUUGUAUCAAAACAGCUGACGAUGAUGAUGGCAGCGACAGAGGAUCGAGCAUAUCCGGUGAGUAUGCGGUAAUAUAAUAAUUUCAUGUGUGUGCAUUACAGUGUCAGAUGUUGGACCGUUCAUGGAUUCAAGAAGACCAUCUCCGUUUUUCAUCACUGUUAACGAAAGGCAACUGAACGGAAGGUUUUCCGAGUUGAAGAAGAAAGGAAUGCAUCCGGAUUUGAUCAGGAACAUGAUUCAGAAUGUGGAGUUCAUCUCCGAGUAUUUCAAAUCGCUCAAGAAAGAAGACAAGGUACACCGAUCAACGGAAAUCAAUGUAAUGUUAUCUUACAGAUCUCCGAAGAUUGGUCGUAUGUUGCAAAUGUGAUCGAUCGAAUCUUCCUCAUCAUUUUCACCAUCAUGAAUGUUGCGGGAACGUGGAUGAUUUUGUACAACUCGCCAGCAAUGUUCGAUAAUCGAAAACCGUUAGCAAUUGUGAGUUCCGCUCUCUUAAAAUCGUCCCUCAACAUGUUUUCUUCAGAAUUCUGUCGCCCGUCCGCUGUCAGGCGACACAUUCGAGAACUUUAUCACGGAGAACUUUACUCAACUCGCCUGGUGGGCCAGUACUAUCCAAAACAAUACGGCCGAGUUGACCGACAGCCAAUUAUGUCCAGUUAUACGAUAA